AUGGAUGCUUCUUUUCAUCAGUUUAAUUCACAGGGUGGCAUUGGACUAAUUACUAGAGAUUUUGCAGGUAACUGCAUUGGAGUUCAAGGGGAAUACUUUGAUGGAGGAAUGUGGCAAGGCAUAGAAUUGGAGGAGUUAGAAUGCAUGGCCAUGCUUGCAGCUGUCAAGUUUGCAAUCAACAAAAAUGUGAGAAAUGCUAUUUUUGAGAGUGAUAGUGAGGUUGUAAUAAAGUCAAUCCAUGAGCAAACUUCUCAUGUUUAUUGGUUAAACCAACAAUUAAUUUUAGAUGUUAAGUUUCUGUUAGGAAAGUUUGAAGUAUGGAAGUGUAUCUCAGUUAAAAGAGAUGCAGAUGGAGUUGCUGAUAAACUAGCUAAGAAAGCUAGAACUAUGAAGUUAAACUUUGAGUUUUAUACUGAUCUCCCAUAUGAUAUAAAGGAAUGGGUGAAUCGGGAAAACAAUGUAACAGUUUAA